UCUUCACUUCCCCUCGGGCCAAGGCUAGGACUGCCCCGGGGCUAGAGCCCAGCGCCACCUCCUCCUCCUCCUCUUUCUCCUCCUUCUCCUCCUCCUACUUCUCCGCGUCCACGCGUCCGCCCUCCUGUCGCCCCCGCCUGCCCCACCAGGUGCUGCUGCUGCUGCCGUCACCCGCCGUGCACCAGCACAUGUCCAGUCUCCGCGGGAGCCACGGGCACCGCAGCACCACUUCUGGUACUAGGCCCUGCUGCCCUCUAGCCCAAUCUCGACGGCAGGAUGCUGUGCUUCCUGAAAGGCAUGGCUUUUGUCCCCUUCCUCCUGGUAACCUGGUCUUCCGCUGCCUUCAUCAUCUCCUAUGUGAUCGCCGUGCUCUUUGGACAUGUCAACCCCUUCCUUCCAUACAUCAGUGACACAGGGACAACCCCUCCUGAGAGUGGUAUUUUUGGAUUCAUGAUCAACUUUUCUGCAUUUCUUGGUGCAGCCACUAUGUACACAAGAUAUAAAAUUGUGGAGAAACAAAAUCAAACGUCUUAUUUCAGUAGUCCGAUUUUUAACCUGGUGUCAUUAGUCCUUGGAUUGGUGGGCUGUAUUGGAAUGGGCAUUGUAGCCAAUUUUCAGGAGUUGACUGUUCCCGUGGUCCAUGAUGGAGGUGCCCUACUGGCUUUUGUCUGUGGUGUUAUGUACACUCUCCUUCAGUCCAUCAUCUCUUACAAGUCAUGCCCGCAGUGGAACAGGCCUUCGACCUGCCACAUAAGGAUGGCCAUCUCCGCAGUGUCCUGUGCUGCUGUCAUUCCCAUGAUUGCCUGUGCCUCACUAAUUUCCAUAACAAAACUGGAAUGGAAUCCAAAUGAAAAGGAUUACAUGUAUCAUGUAGUGAGUGCAAUCUGUGAGUGGACAGUGGCUUUUGGCUUCAUUUUCUACUUCCUGACUUUCAUCCAAGAUUUUCAGAAUGUCACUCUAAGGAUAUCUACCGAAAUAAAUGACUUCUGAAGAAAGAAGAGAACUCUUUUAGUCAGUGCAUCUUGUGAACUUGGAAACCAGCCAAUGAUGCAGAGAAAUCAGAUUUCAACAUUGACCUGAUCUUAGGACUCUGCAGCAAGUUUGUGACUUGAAUUCCUCCCUGAAACCCCCCAUAUUUGUACUAGUCCCAAAGGUACGUUUCCAAAAAGGCUUUAGUAAGUUGUAGAAAUAUUUUGUAUUUUUCUAAGAAGACAUUUAAAAGUAUAUACACUAACAUAAAGUUGGUGCACAGAAAAGAUUCCAUAUUUCAAAAAGUGAGAAUGCUUUAUUUUUGUAGCAAUCCUAGGUGGUUGUUUGCUUUUAAAUCUUUAUAACAGGGCAAAUUUUCCAUUCUUUUUAUUAAAAUUUUAUUUUGUUUUUAAAGAAUGGCUUGCUGAGUUUUAUAGUGAGGGCAUUUAUAAAAUCCAGUUAGUCAUUGUAAUAUUUUCAAAUAUGUCAUAUCUAUAAAGAUCUUGGUAAACAUAUUAACACUGCUGGGGUCAGUGGUCUCUAACUAAAAGAGAAAUGGAUGCCUGCAGGUUGCAUAUUGACUUAAAAAACCACAAAUUAACAUUGUCUAUUUUGUAUUUUAUUUUUACUUAUUUUGCUAAGCAUUUCCCAUUUUCAUUUCAUUUGAGUUUGGACACCUCUGGCCCAAGGAACUCUUCAUAUUUUUAGAUAACAGAUUAAAUACUUCAGUGAGAGGUCCUAGUUACAUGUGAGGGUAUUAACUUUAAGACCAUAGUAAUGAAAUCCUAUGCAUUUAGCAGGGGAUUUCAGCCUUCAAUUCUGCUAACAGUGGGGGGAGGGGAGUGUGGGUGUGUGUGUGUCACCAUGGGGCAAGUCUCAUUGUCUGUUUCAAGAAUCUUCCUCACCCAGGACAAAAAUGACUAUGUGACAAAUUAGAAAUUUAAAAUCUAAUUCAUAGAUCAGCAACAGGGCUAAGUUAAGAUGUGAGGGGGAAUGAGGGGGAAAAAAAGCAAAGUGAACCUUUUCUUUGGAUUUUAUAUCCAGCACCUUUUGAAAUGAGUAUGGGAAGAAAAGGGUGGGAUUUCUAGUAACCAGCAAACUCUAGAAAAACUUAUAUGGGAAAAGCAUUUAAAGUUAAAAAAAUUUGUUAUUUGCAGUGUGACUGAGAUUCAAUCAGUACUUUUAUUUUACACUAGUACAUAUGUCCAUGAUAUUAGAUGAGGGACAGGAUGGAGGAAGAGGAAGAAGUUUUUUCCAAGGACACAUUUAUGUCAUCAUUGGUCUUUUGUUUGUGUGAUGCCCAGGAAGAAUGCUGUAGAAAAAAGGCUAAACAAAGUCUAUACGAAUCCAGCUGGCUCAGUGGUGUCUCACACACAUGCACACGUACUCAUAUUUGUCUUUACCAACUCUACAUUUUCUCAACCUCCUCCAACCCAAAGGAGAUUUCAUUAGUGAAAAAACAGACACCAAUCACAAAGGAGAAGGGGGGACUUGUCUCUAAGGUUGAUCAAGAGACCAUCAUGAAAAGGAUGAGCUCUAUUUAGCAUCCUUGGACACCCAAACUUGAGGAAGGAAGACCAAACUUCUGGUGCCAGUUAGUUGAGCUUUCAGGACAUACACCAAGGGCAGUUCAAUCUGUUUUUUUUUUUUAAUCUUGGUGAGAAUCAGGAAAAUGGUAAGCACAGAAUAGAUGCUCAAUAAAUACUUUGUUGAUUGAUGGGCUGGACAAAAUGACCUCUGAGGUUCUUUCUUAUUCUGAGAUCAUAUGGUUGAUUGUUUGAUAUUACUCAGCUAAGAAGACUCAUUAGAUCCAGGUCAGGCAUUCCUCUAAAUCUUAAAUGACUGCCUUUGUUUCCCUCCAGAUGGGAACUGUAGCUAUUUCAGGAGUCAUCAAAAUGGGCAAUAACAUGGUAGGAUCUCUAAGUCUCAUUGAAGUAUGAGAUGAACUCCUAGGUCAAGUUUUUCUUAUUAUCAUGAGAAAGAUGAACAGUGUACUGUAUUUAUAUGGGACCUACACUAGAAAGCUAAUUGUGAAAUAACGAGACACUUUAUAAUGGGGUUUAACUCUUUAUUCAUUUUCAUUGUCUACUAGUUAGUUUUGAUAACCAACUAGAGUAUAUAUUGUAUGUUUUACUUUGUGUACUGUAAACAUUUCAGUUUUGUGUGGGUUUCACCAUUUUGUGGCAACUCUCUCCAAUGUGGAAAGUUAUGGCAGAGACUGAACUUCUGUGUGUUAUAUGGGCUAGACAAAAUGGGCCUCUUGGCUUGGAAAACAGGCAAGGCCACAUGUCACUACUUCCAGACUGGGCAGUUCUGCUGAGUGUAACCCAAAGCUGGCCUUGUCCACAUAUCUGUAUCAUUUUCAAUGCUCAAAAAGUUGUGUUUCUUUUUUUAUACCUGAAGCAUUUAAAUAAAGAGAAUAUUCCUUUGUGUGGUGUUCA